AUGUUUGCAACUGUAAAAGUCAACUUUUCCCUAACAUACGCUCAUCGAGUCGCCGAUAUCAUCCAAAGGAGAGGCGGUGACACACCUUCGCGCCAUGUCCCAGGUCAGGAUUCCGAGACAGAACACAAGGAGAGUAGGAAUAGACAGCUUCGCGAUCUAGACAGUGAAAAUCGCCAGCUUCGCCAGCUUUACGAAGAUUCUCAGUGGACAUUGCAUCUUGUGAUGGAGGCGCACAGGAGAGAACUUGAAGCUCAUUUUGGGCAGGACGAUAGUACCACUGCGUCGUCCGCCAAGGAAAAUGAUAAUGAUGUGGUCGGUCUUCUUGAAGUAUCCUGCACAUAUUGA